AUGCACGUGGCUGCUGUGAAUCGUGACACUGACGGAAUCUGCUGGUGAACUCAAGCUUUUCACUUUGAAUUUGAUUAUCUGAUAGCAUGGAUAAAGCAGUUGACGCAGCUAUAAAGAGGGAAAAGGUGAAAGAAGCAGCGACUGCUCUGAUCGCGUAUCACAAGACAAAGAAAGAUGCUAAUGAGAUGCUUUUUGGAGAACCUCUCAAGGUUCAGCUACAAAUCUCAGUCUGGAAGAUUACAACUAAGAAAAGUACCACACAUAAACUGAAGCUUCCUCACAGGCCUCAUGCUGGAAGCCUUAGUGUGUGUCUGUUUGUCAAGGAUGAACCCAAGAUGGACUCUGACAGAUGCCAGGUGCACUACAAAGAUAAAAUAAGCAGCAAGGGUGUCACUAAUGUUAACGAGGUCAUUCCUCUGAAAAUGUUCAAGAAAGAGUACAUCCCAUUUGAGGCUCGCAGAAAGAUGGCCAAGUCCUAUGAUCUGUUCCUAGCAGACGAGAGAAUCUUCAGGUUACUCCACUCUAGUCUCGGCAAAGAAUUCUACAAACGUAAUAGGUAUCCAGUCACAGUGAAUGUUGAAAAGGCAGACUUGAAGAAAGAGAUUACAGAAACUAUAGAAGCAGCCUAUCUCAUUCUUACCCACAGAGGGAGCUGUAGCACUGUUGCUGUGGCUAAUAUCGGUAUGUCCGCCAAAGACAUCACUGAUAACAUCCUGUCUGCCAUCGCCUCCCUGAAGACGAUCGUCCCCGGAGGCUGGUCCAAUGUCAAAUCUAUCUUCGUCAGGACAGAGAAGUCUGUCUCGCUACCAAUCUAUACCUCUUUAGUACAUGAAGAAUGGGAGCAGAGUGAGGAGACAGAGAUUGUGAUAGAUAAUUCAGACAUUAAGAAAAUGCAAAAACAGAUGAGGUUUGAAGCGAAGGAAGCAGCCAAGAAAGAUCCGCAAGAUGAAGAAGAUGAAGAUGAGACGCCUAAGAAGACGCUGAAGAGAACAAAAGAAGAGACGGUAACUCCAGCAAAGCUAGUCAAGAAAGCAAAACAAGGAAGCAUUGGACGAGCUAGUCUUAGAAAACCAACACCCAAGGUUGGGGGAAAGAAAAAGAAAUGAACUCUGAUUAGGACAGAAUGCAAGAUGAUUAGUACUGGAGAUAAUAUUGAUGGAACACUCCUCACCUCUUUCUCUCAAGGUUUAACACCACCCACCGUGGGAUCCACUUCAUACACAAACAAGGUUACUGCAUUCAGAAUGGAUGUUCUUUCAUUGUCUAAUGCAAUAAUAGAAUAGUUUUGCAAAAGUAGGUCCUGUACGAUGUAGUUUUAAAGGUAUAGACCAGUUUUGGAAACGCCCCCCUCUC